CGGGAGCCAACCGUUGAAGAAGCAACAAUGAAAUUCGUGUGUGUACUUCUUAUUAUCACAGUUGCAACGGCUGAGCCUCCUCGCUACAGGCUGGCAAGGUUCAGAUCAGAGAGACAAGAAGUUGAAAGCGCGCCCUACCCACCAGCUGGAUACAGGCCUGAAAAGGAGUUCAAUCUUCCACCUCGCCAAGAAUCACCCCCAGCCACAUCAUAUGGCGUACCUGCGAAUAGUUACGGAGCACCUUUCAACACUUAUUUAACCCCGCAGAAAGAAUACGGCGCCCCUGAAGAUACUACUGAAGCAGUAGAAAAAGUAGAAACCAAAGCGAAGUUGGAAGAAGAACCCAAUAAGGAUGCAGAAGUGAUCAGUUCUCAAGGUGCUUAUUACGUAUUGCUUCCAGGAUCUCAGCUACAAAGGGUACAAUUCAAGACUGAGAAUGAUGUGCGAAACAUGGCGUAUACAGCCAGGUUGCAGUAUAAACAAGAAGACCGUGCUCCAAUAUUCGUGUACACUGCAGUACCACAGUACCAAUCGGCAGCGUAUGUACAGCUUGUUUGAGCAGCAAAUUCUGUGAAUUUACAAAGGAUUGCUUUGUUGGGGAAAACGCAUCGAUACGAAAAUAAACUAAUGUUCAUUUGUAACUGCAUAUCUAGACUAGAUUCGCUCGCUUCGAUAGAUUGUUGUAUGGAUUUAUUUGGUAAUAUCAGAAUUGAUAGCUAAAUAUAAUUUUGAACACUGUCUCACAUAAAAAUUGCCUUUUUACGACUCUUUCUUGUUAUUUAUGUUCGAAUUUCGGCAUUUAGUGAUCAGCUACAGCGUCAUGCAUCAGUUUAUCAGCAAAGCACUAAUUUGUAAAAAUGACCUAUUUAUAAAUACAAACCUAUAUUUUA